UAUUUCUGUGGGGAUUUUCGUACCUUGUAUUUUUUCAUACUGCUCAGUUCUAUGGUUUUAGUAAACCAUCCCCACUGACAAAGAUGUUUCACCUUUUUAUGACCUUAAGGGUUGUUGGAGUGGCAUUCGAAUUGCACGAUACUUGGACCACAGUUAACGCACUUAAAUCAAAUAAAAGAAACAGUCAUUCUCCCCAUGGGAUGUCCGACCUAGAGCUCAAAUAUAAAGGGAUAAUGACAACCCCAUAUGAUAUUGUCAGUUACGUAUUUUGCUACAUAGGAAUGCUUACAGGUCCCUACUACACUUAUCGGACAUACAAUGAUAUGCUAAAUGGAUGGCCACCAAAGGCUCCCGGACUCUCCUUUGGUCCGCUUUGGCGAAGACUUCAAGAAGCUCCUUUCUUUGGUGUUGCCUAUUUGAUUUCCUCCCAGUUUGUUUCUUUUGAUGACCUACGGGAUCCCGAGUUUCAGAAUGGAAGUCUGGUCAACAUUCUGGUGUAUUUAAGCGUUCUCUUCUUCGUCUACCGCACGCGACUCUACUUCGCCUGGAUCAUGGGCGAAUGUGUCUGCAUGAGCGUGGGCCUUGGCGCUUAUCCAGCCAUUUCUCGUCCCGCUGUUGGCGAGGGACCAACCGAUCUCGUGGCUCUCAACAGAUGGGUGUCACAAUUCAACCAUAAAGAAAAAAGCGAGUUUCAGUACGGAAGCGAGCAGCAUUAUUUUCCUGCGGAUGACAUCGUCUCAAACGUCAAUAGCGAUGACCCCGUGGUAAUUGAAUCACAUUCGCACUUUUACAACUACGCAACUGUACAAGCCGUCAGCGUUUGGAAGUGUGAGUUUAGUCCGACUGUACGUGAGAGUUUCGGAGCCUGGAACCAAACCUUGUACUACUGGAUGGAUAGGUACAUGUACCGUCGAUGCUUUGGGCCCCGGUUCAUCCGCUCAGUCGCUACCCUCGUCGUUAAUUCUCUCUGGUACGGCGUUCAACCAAUCUACUUCAUCGCACAUCUAACAUUGCCCAUAAUCUCACUGGCGGAGGAUGGAAUGGCUACCACGAUGGCUUUCUGUGGAUUUUCACUGCCUCCUGGAGGUUUAGCCUUUCUCCGAUGGUUCUUUCGAAUGCGGUACUUUGAAUAUCUUGCCGCAGGGUGGAUUAUUAUUUCUCUGGAAGACACACUUGUCCUCUGGUCUUCCUUGGGCUAUUUCGUGCAAGUGAUUGGUUUUCUACUAAGCCUAGCUCACCUCACAUUGGGAAGAUUUGUUUCUGCAUUUGAGCGAUGGACUGUGGAGAACCCCGGAGAAGAUGUGGCCGAAAUUACUGCGAGGAAUCUCAGCCAGACAGGCAAGGCCUGGGAGCCCCCUGUUACCGAUACGUAUCUAUAG